AUGACCUCCGCAUCCGCCUGCCCGCUGUGCAAGCGCCCAUUUGGGCUUUUUCUGUGGAGACACGAGUGUGGCUACUGCAAAAAAACUGUCUGUGAUGACUGUGCGCCCAAGGUGAAGGAUCACCGCCAAUGCAGUGCGUGUGCCGCGAGGGUGAAGCAGCAACAACAGACGCAGCAGCCGCGGCGAACCUCAAACCCUGCAUCGGCGGAGGGUGAGCGGGCUGCCCGCAUGCGGGCCGCAGAGGAACGUAUGAAGGCGGCGCAGCAGCGCGGUAGGCCACAGAGUCGAGGUGGGCAGGCCCCCGUAUUGCCUGUGGCGGAACCGGCGUCAAGGAUGUCACAGCAGCAGCAGUGUUACACAGGUGCGUCGCCAUCGCCGCAAGCAGAUGUACCAACGCGAGCAAAUCCGGCGGAGAAUCCUGUGCUGGCCGCGGCGCUUCGUCGUCGGCAGCAAGAGCAAUUUGGCGGGAACGCGAACCGGGGAAACAGCGCCGAGAAGAUGCAACUGUUGACUGCGAUUCUUGCGGUUCUGCAUCAGCGGGGAGAAGAUGAGCCGUUCGGUCUUCGCUCAAUGGAUGAGACGAAGCUCCAGGCAUACCUGCGCUACCUCAAGAGCAAGGACAAGAGCCCCGCUGCUAGUUAG